UGUUUGCGUUAUGAGUUCCAGUUUUCUAAAUCGGACUUGUUAGCUAUUUCCCACGAAAUGUUAUAGAUUUCGGUGACGUUUCGAGCGUUCGGGGAAGGUACGCGGUUGUCAAAAGAGUUAUCGGCCGUUGUAGCCACAUAUUCCGUGCCUAAUCUUGGAAGCGAUGGAACUCAUCUUCUUUUUGCCUGGAUCGGAUAACGAAUUGCUCAUUCCAAGCCAGGAUCCCCCGUUGCAGGAUCUCCACAAUCGGCUAAUUUCAUCGGAAGGAUCGCAUGACAGUUGGAUACGCCAUCGACAAGAACGGCUCUUUUGUGCUGCUUGCCAGCGAUUCUCGGAGGAGCCCUGUUGGUUCCAUGCCAAAAGCGUUUCCAACGAGAGCGUGGUUCCCUUCGCACUGGCCAGUCUGCCUAAAAUCUUGCGGCUGGAUGUUUGUCCUAAUUCAUCUACAGGAAAGAAAGUGGUAGCGAAUGCUCGCAUCCCGCCUCAUACCGUUUUCGGUCCCUUGGUGGCUCCGCUGGCCGAGAAAUACAGCGAUACCUGCGUUUAUGCAUUUCCCAGCCCGGACGACGGCCAGCUGCGUUUCUUCCAGCUGGACUCGGAGCUCUUCUCCAACUGGAUGCGCUACGUGCGUUUCGCGGAGAAUCUGGCGGAGGAGAAUCUGGCCGUCUAUCUACGCGCAUCGCAAAUAGUCUUCGUCAGCUUAAGGACCAUUCUGCCCGGCGAAGAACUGAAAGUCUGCCUUUCCGUAAAGUAUGCCGCAAUAAUUGAACGCGCGAAUACGCUGAGCUGGAGACUCGAAACCGAAAGGUGUUGUGUGACAGCUAUCGGGUCUGCCAAGCACACUGAGCAUCCUCCACCUCUGGAUCCACCUAAAACGCCACUGGAACCUUGUUCGAACAUUAUCCCUGCUGACUGGGAUAGCGAUUCAUUACAGGCUCCUAUUAUGACUGGAAAUAACGAGAGCAGUCUUCCGAAUUUUCAAAACUCUCCCCACACACUGCCCAGCAGAGCAUUAGCUGCGCAUAUCCCGGAUAGAGAUGACAGCGUUCGACAACCGGUCAAAAGAAGAUGCCUGGCAGAUAUAUCCGCCACUGCGCUUUCCCUUCUUCUACCCAGGAAUCCGCAGAUUUGCGAAUGGACGACGAUGUGAAUGCGCCACCUUCGCCGCCGGCUAUUAACGGGAGCGUACCACCGGUUAAGGCAAAUACGCUGCGCGAAGAUUCUCCUGAGAUCGAGUACCAUCCCACUUUGAAAAAAGCCGAGUUGACCAGUGACAGUUGCCGCAAAGAGCCGAUAAUAAGCGCGGAGACGGUUUCGAGAAAAAGCACUCUCCGGUCAGGGGUCAAAGCAGUCCUUCCACCUGUGGAAACGCUCGCUAUGCCACCUGUUGAUACGUGUAGCGACAAAGCAGUGUUUACGGGGAGAUAUUAUAUGGAUGUUGAAAGCGAUUCGGAUUGGUCACCGGAAAACGGUGAAAUGUCAGAUGAAAAUGAAUCUGAUGAAGAUGGCUGUGAUAUGGAUGCCGAACAAAAAUCUGGGCGGAUUACUAACGCAAUCACCAAGAAAGCGAAGGCAUCGCGAAUGGCGCGGUCUCAAUCAAAUGAAGCGCCAAGCGGAAAUGCCGACUUUGAACCCUCGCAAACAGCAGACAGAGCGUCAGACGGGCAGGACUCUGUAUCCAAGGGAAAACCUAAGAGACAAAGGAACAAAAAGAUGAGUGCCCGGUGUGCCACCGUGUAUUGUGCAGAUUAGUCGCACAUUUAAACCAAGAACAUCCAGAAUAUGCAUCCGCUAAUUUGAAGCAUGCUUGCGGAACGUGUGGAAUGCGGUAUCAGUCGAUGCAAGUUUUACGCAUCCAUAUGACAACGCAUCAUCCGGCACUACGUGGAGCGGAGCCAACCGCGGAAGCACGUCAAGUGGCCAUUGAAUACAUGCAGAAGACAGGAUGGCUAUCGUACUUCUGUGCAAGCUGCAAUAAAUAUUUUCCUAAUAAAUCGUUAUUGGAUAUUCACGAAUUGUCACACCGAGUACUGGAAGAUUAUCAAGCGCGGCCAGAACGAACAUGUCCAGUUUGUGAUUUCAAGGGAGCCAGUUUCGCCGAAUUAGCGGUGCACACGGCGG